CUCAGUGCUCACGCACGAGGUCGUGUUGCACAAGGUGAUCAGUCUGAAGAAUAAGUCUAAGUAGUAAGGAGAGGGAUUGGCUCAUCUGCCUCCCGGGUUCCCACGAUGCGCAAUGUACGCAGCUAUCUGUGUUGGCCCUUGUUGACUAAGAGAAGUUCCCGUCUGGAAGCCCUAGCUAGCCCUGGACGUUUGAUUCUCCAAGUUGGCUGCGGAGUUGGAACACGGAGAGCUCUCGAAUGGGCUCGUGGGCUAGGGGAAAUAGUCCCACCUUCUAGGUCCUCGGGCUGCUUCCCGUAGCCCACUACUUAGUUCAUGCUUCGGCUGGCACCGAUCUGCUUCUCUGAGUCGAUGCCAAGAUAUUGAUUAACGAAUCGUCCGCCGGAUCCUGCGCCUGGACGAAACCUCGAAGCUUGAAACCAGGAGUCAAUAAAAGAUUGUUCCCGCCGCCCAAUUCUUCCCGUCCUCUAGGCCUGGGUCUUUUCGGGUGGUUCUGUGGCUGCUGGACGGUGGGAAGAAGCUAAAUUGUAUAGUUUCCAAGCUUCCUGACAAUAAAUCCAACAACGCCUCUCCCCCAGCCUUUUAGCUAUAGCAUCAGACAAGUUUGCAUUACGUUGCCCAGCACCCGGACUCGAAUUCUCUCUGUCCGACUUGCACUUGUGACGGCCUGCCUUGUCGAUAAGUUGUUGCUGUUUUUACACUUCGACUCCCACGCACUCCACAGGUCUAUCCUCCCGCAGCCCCACGUCCCGACUAUCCUCUCCUUCCCCGCCUCACAAAUCUGCCGGCAGAAAGCAAUCCACGUCGUAGAAUUUUGCCUUGACAGGACACAGAAAACAAUUUGGUUUCGGUCUUUGCACCAACUUAGAUCCGAAUCGAGCUGGAAUAGCUCACCCCAAUGGAGCAUUUCGGCGCAGGAAGGCCAGAUGGCGCAGACUUCGAUCUGUCCCAAAUCACGGGCCAGCCGCCUCAAAUCUUCGGCGCACCCAACAGUGACACCUCUCCUAUUCCGCCAACGCAGCCGGCAGCGGCCUUUUCAGAAGACCAAAUGAUGGGUGGUGUGGAGGACAAUAAUGACGCGAAGCGGAGAAGGAUAGCUAGGGCUUGCGAUAUGUGUCGGAAAAAAAAGAUCAAAUGUGAUGGAAAGAUGCCAAAAUGCUCACAUUGCAUAAAUUAUAAGACAGAAUGUGUGUUCACGCAAGUCGAGAAGAAGAGGAACCCACCGAAAGGAGCCAAAUACAUCGAAGGGCUUGAGAACCGCUUAGGGCGCAUGGAGUCGUUGUUGAGGCUUUCUGGAUUACUAUCAGAGGUCGAUGGUGGAAAGACAGAUCUUGGGACGCUUGAACGGCGGCUUGCUGAUAGAUCUAUGGCGGCGGGAAGCCAGGCCUCGAGAAUUCCUGCUGUUCCGACCGCCAUGCACUCAAUGAUGCAAGGCGCGUCCUCGCAUCAGUCUACUCCUCGCGCAGAUCCAAACCUUAGCCCUCGGAGUCCCGCUGGUUCGCCUGAUUCGCAAAAGGAAUCUGAAGCAGAGCUAGAUUCUCUUUCGGAUAUGAUGUGCUCUCUCGUCACAACUAAUUGUGGCGAAACGAGAUAUAUUGGAUCUUCGUCAGGUUUCUCUAUAUUUUCUCCCAAAGGUAUCCAAUGGGUGAACGAGAAAACGGGAGACUCGUCCUUUGAGGAUAUGAUAUCGUCUGCUUAUAUCGACGACAAUAAGUGGAUAUACUGGAAGCCGGAGAUCUUCAGUGACAUAUUUGCUCGACGAGUGUUUAAGCCGUUGCCACCGCGUGAUGAGGCACUGUCUCUCUUCAGAGAUUACUUCGAAAACUUCAACUGUGUUUUCCCACUGUUUCAUGAACCAACAUUUAUGCAUUUGGUAGAGAGACAAUAUUCACGGGAUCCCUACGAAGGGUCGGGUUGGUGGGCUAGUAUCAAUGUUGCACUGGCGAUCGCACACCGAUUACGAGUUAUGAGUAACUUGGUGCCACAGGAAGAGGACAAGAAGGCUUGGCUUUACCUCAAAAAUGCGAUGGGUGUGCUGACAGAGUUGACCAUGCGGAAUGCCGAUCUGUUAAGUGUGCAAGCGCUUCUUGGUAUGGCUCUAUUUCUCCAAGGGACUCCCAACCCGCAACCAAGUUUCUUCCUUGUUGCAGCCGCUAUUCGCCUUUCCCACAGUAUUGGUCUCCAUAAGCGCGGUUCCGGGUUCGGUCUAAAUCCCGUAGAACUCGAGCAACGGAAACGCGUCUUCUGGAUUGCUUAUAUGCUGGACAAAGAGUAUGUUCUCGCCCCGGCUUUUAAUGCUUGUCAACUAACCUGCUGUAGUAUCUGUCUACGUUCCGGGCGCCCACCAGUUCAAGAUGAUGAUGACAUGAACGUUGAGCUCCCGAGUGAAGACCCCCCCGACAACAUCGGAAAUGUUCCCCUUUCCGAUGGUAAAAGCAAGGUGAACUUAUUUCGCCUUCUCUGCCUUUUUGCAACAAUUGAAAGCAAAGUUUACAAGCAACUCUACUCAACAAAGGCUUCGCGUCAGUCUGAUGGGGAGCUUCUCAACACAAUUGGAGAGCUUGAUAGAGAGCUUGAAGAGUGGAAAGAUAGUAUCCCUCUCGAUUUUCGCCCCGAAUAUGAAAUCAAGGCUACACAUCGGCCUCUAAUUCUACCCAUCGUGGUGCUUCAUUUCGCUUACUAUAAUUGCCUUACCACUAUACAUCGCAUGUCAGUCCACCAUGGAUACUGGACAAGUCGGCUGUCAAACUACGCCAUCCAAGGUCUUAAUGCCAGGCCUUUGAAUCCCCGGGUAUUUUCUUCCGCAGUCCUGUGUGUAUCUGCCGCCAGGGCGUCGAUCAACUUGAUCAAGUACAUCCCACAGGGGGAUUUUGCUUGUGUUUGGUUGAUCCUCUACUUCCCAAUUUCAGCUUUGGUUACGCUGUUCGCAAAUAUUCUACAGAACCCAUUAGACGCCCGAGCCCGGUCUGACGUGAAGUUAAUGAAUCUUGUUGUGAACUUCUUAUCCAAACUUGCGACGGAUGAGUCGAAUGGCAGUGUCAAGCGCAUGCUUAGUGUCUGCUCUGAAUUCGAGAGGAUCGCCAAAGUUGUAUUGGACCGGGCCGAAAAGGAGUCACAGGCAAAACGAAAGCGCAAGGCUGCUGGUGAGGAGAAUGGCUCCGCCGAGACACCAAAUGGUCCUAAUGUGGAUAUUCCCCAAGCCGCACCGAAGCCAUCGGCCACACAGCCACAGACGACACAAGCAUCACCUUCCUUUUCAUAUAUGCCGAGCAAUGCUACUCGCCAGGAAGCAGCGCCUUCUAUGGCCAAUUUUCCAUCAUCUCGUCCAGAGCAGCAACCCGUCUUCCACACCCCCACGGCCGAGAAUGUCCCAGGCGCACUUCCAAAAGGCCCGCUAGGGCUUAAUCAAGAGUUGUCCGACCUCUUGGGAGGCCCAACCCUAAAUCAAGCAGCAGGACUCAACCAAGAGCAACAAUUUUCUACUAAUUCGCUGCCCAUUGAUAUUUCAGCUUUCCAGCAACCGUUUGUGCCUCAUGAGCUGUGGCAAAUGCCGAUGACGUUGGAGUGGGACUGGGCAGAAAUGCCGAAUAACGGAUUUCAAUUCGGAGAUGAAGGGACAAAUUGA